UGUAAUAUCUUCUUAACAAUAUGAUUGAAAGAUGUUCGAACAUUUAUUUAUAUAAAACUGGUCAACGACUGAAUGAAUUUUCUCUUGACAUCGUAGUCGACUAAUUGAAUUAGAACUAAAUAUAAGAGCAUUUUCUGGUCGAUGGCUAAUUUGAUUCGUCUCGUAUAUAUAUAUAUAUAUAUGCAAAGAUAAAUAGAAAUGAUGGUCAAUUUUUAUCUCUCACUAGAAUCAUUAAUGAAGAUGUAUAAUAGACGGACGAACACAGGAGGGGAAGGGACAUUAACAUGCUGAGAUCGAACACUUUUAAUGAGUCGGAUGCUACAGAGGGGAAAAAAAAGUCGAGACAGAUCAGAUGAAGAUAGAUUGUACCGAGGGCGUGGCAAUGAUAGAUAUUAUGUGCACAACAACGCGUCAUUGCUCUGUAAGAUACUAGACACUAAUUUAUUGUUUAUAGAAUAUUUCGAUUGCAUAAAAGAAAAAUUGUCUUCUAUUAUAUUUGUAUAUAUGAUAUAAUGAUGAGUUGAGAAAAUUUCGAUUAGUAUUUCUUAAUUCUAUAGAAAAUGACUACUCAUUUUAUAGAUGUUAUAUAUAAAAAUGUGUUUAUUUUAUCUAGAGGUUAUAUGAAAUGUUUGGGUAAUGGUCGUUUACAAAUAACUGGACAAUUUCAACGGCAUACAGAUUGUUUCUUUCGUCUUGUUUUAUCAUCACAAAUAACUGAUGAUGAUUUAUCAGAUGGUUAUAUACUUUCAGGAGAUCUUGAACUUGGUGAUACAAAAGAUUCAAUGCAACAAAGUCAUUUUGCUGUUGUUAAACUUGAACAACAAAAUAAUCAUACACAUAUGUUGGAUAAUUUUUAUAAAAAAGCACGAAAUUUAUUAUUGUUUGGUUGUGUAUAA